CCGCCCUGCGCCAUGACGUCACUGACAAUCGGAGAUGCGUUUGUUUGUAAUUUGAAGGUGGACACAAAAUGCCGGAAUAACUCAGCGGGACAGCAGACAGACAGGUAGACGGGCAGCAGGAGGAGCAUCUCUGCACAGAAGCAACUGGGCGACAUUUGGGGUCGAGACCCUUCUUCAGACUGAAGGUAGACACAACAAAUGAAAUGCUGGAGUAACUUUGAGUGUGGAAACGUCAGGCCCUUCAGCCGUUUUAACAAUUGUCACUUCAUCAAUUAAGGGUUUAGGAGCCGUUGCUGUUGACGGAGAGAAGGGGAUGUGAGCGGCCAUUGAGGGCGGCCAGGGUGCCGGUAUGCGGGCUGCGCUUCGAGGGGCUGAGCUUCAUUGGAGGACCACAUGACGGGGCAUAACAAGGAGAAGCGUUAUGAGUGCGGCGUGUGUGGCAAGGCCUGGCAGUACCCGAGCGAGCUGGAGAUCCACCGGCGGGUGCACACAGGAGAACGUCCCUUUGACUGCUCCACCUGUGGCAAGAGCUUUACCCAGUUGUCGGGGCUGCAGGUGCACCAGCGGGUGCACACGGGGGAAUGCCCCUUUGACUGCUCCGACUGCGGCAAGAGCUUCAAGACGGCGCAGGAAGUGAAGAUACACCAGCGCGUGCACACCGGCGAGAAGCCCUAUGGCUGCUCCACCUGCGGCAAGAGCUUUACCCAGUCGUCGGGGCUGCAGGUGCACCAGCGCGUGCACACGGGAGAAUGCCCCUUUGACUGCUCCAACUGCGGCAAGAGCUUCAAGACGGCGCGGGAAUUGAACACGCACCGGCGCACGCACACGGGUGAGAAGCCUUAUGGCUGCUCCACCUGUGGCAAGAGCUUUGCCCGGUUGUGGGGGCUGUGGGAGCACCGGUGGGUGCACAGCAGUGAGCGGCCCUUCACCUGCUCCGACUGCGGCAAAGGCUUCAAGUCGUCCAAGAACUUGAAGGUGCACAUUCGCCUGCACACCGGGGAGCAGCCCUACACCUGCAGCGACUGCGGCAAGGGCUUCACCCACUCCCAAAGCCUGCUGAAGCACCAGCGCAUCCACACCGGGGAGUGGCCCUUCACCUGUGCUCAGUGUGGCAAGGGCUUCACCCGCUCCACCAACCUGCUGUCCCACCAGAGGGUUCACGCCGGCGACUGUCCCUUCCCCAGCCCAGUGUGUGGAGAGCGCUUUGCCAUGGCCUCCCAAGUCCUGUCUGACCUGCGAGUGCACACCAGUGGCCAGCCCUACGACUGCCCGUACUGCGGUGAGUCGUUUGACAGCUCACGGGGGUUGCGGCAUCACCGGCGGUCUCAUGCCGGCGAGCAGUUGCUCCCACUGAGGCGAGAGUUUCAAGAGCGCACGGGGGCUGCAGGAGCACCAGCGGAUACACACCAGAGAGAGGGGGACGCCUCUGCUAAUGUUAUAAUGGAAUGGGAGCAGCUGGGCUGUCGGAAGGCUGACUCUGGAUUGUGGCUCACGCCGGCCGGACAGACCUGUAUGACAGACCAAUGGAUUGAAGCCUUUCCAACCACUGAUUGCACUGCCUCUACGGUGGUGUCUAUUUUAUUACGGCAGGUUGUUCCUCGCUUUGGGGUUCCAAACACCAUCAGUUCGGAUAACGGCCCUCACUUCAUUGCCGCUAUCAAUAAAGAAUUGUACCGACAGCUGGGCGUAACCCAGCGGCUACAUUGUGCUUAUCGCCCACAGGCUGCAGGAAUGGUGGAACGCUUGAACCAGACCCUGAAGACCAAGCUUGCCAAGCUGGUGGACCAAUCAGGCUCCACCUGGGUUAAAAUGUUGCCUGUCGCUUUGUUCCAGAUCAGAGUCCUUCCAGCAGGGAAGACAAGGUUGUCUCCUGCAGAGAUCAUCUAUGGCCGACCUCUGCACACCCCUUGGACAGACAUUAUCCCGGCCACAAUGACGUUGCAUCACAUGACGGAGGAGAUGGUCUCUUAUGUCCUUGCCCUUACAAGGGCCCUGCAUGAGAUUCAUGGGGAGGUCAAGGCCGCUUAUGUGGGCGACAUAGAAUUUCCCGUUAAUGGACGGAUCACCCCGGGUUCUUAUGUGUUGAUUAAGAAUUGGGUUCCCCGAUUAAUGGUGGCCUUAUUGGGUUUGGGGACCACCCCCGAGGAAGCUAAAAGUUCUGUACGAAUGAUGGUCUUACAACGUGAGCAGCAGAGACUGUUACCAUUCCCCAACGACAGCGAAAACGAUGAAGUGCUGGAGGACCACAUGAUGGGGCACAAUAAGGAGAAGCGUUAUGAGUGUGACGUGUGUGGCAAGGCCUGGCAGCGCCCGAGCGAGCUGGAGAUCCACCGGCGGGUACACACGGGAGAACGUCCCUUUGACUGCUCCGACUGCGGCAAGAGCUUUACCCAGUUGUCUGGGCUGCAGGGACACCGGCGGGUGCACACGGAAGAACGCCCCUUUGAAUGCUCCAACUGCGGCAAGAGCUUCAAGAUGGCAAAGGAACUGAACACGCACCAGCGCGUGCACACGGGCGAGAAGCCCUAUGGCUGCUCCACCUGCGGCAAGAGCUUUGCCCAGUCGUCGGGGCUGCAGAUGCACCGGCGGGUGCACACGGGCGAGAAACCAUAUGGUUGCUCCACCUGCGGCAAGAACUUUGCCCGGUUGUCGGGCCUGCGGAUGCAUUGGCGGGUGCACACGGGUGAGAAGCCCUAUGGCUGCUCCACCUGCGGCAAGAGCUUUGCCCGGUUAUGGGGGCUGCGGGAGCACCGGCGGGUGCACAGCAGUGAGCGGCCCUUCUCUUGCUCCGACUGCGGAAAAUUCUUCAAGGCGUGCACGCACCUCAAGGUGCACAGGCGCCUGCACACCGAGCGGCCAUAUACCUGCAGCGACUGCGGCAAGGGCUUCACCUGCUCCAGCAACCUGCUGGAUCACCAGCACACCCACACCGCCGAGCGCCCCUUCACCUGCGCCCAGUGCGGCAAGGGCUUUACCCAGUCCAGCAACUUGCUGUCCCACCAGCGCACCCACACCGGCGAGCGCCCCUUCACCUGCGCCCAGUGCGGCAAGGGCUUCACCCGCUCCUCCAGGCUGCUGUCCCACCAGCAGGUGCACACUGGCGACCAUCCCGUCCCCAGCCCGGUGUGUGGAGAGCGCUUUGUCAUGGCCUCCCAUGUCCUGUCUCACCAAUGCGUGCACACCAGUGGCCAGCCCUAUGACUGCCCGUACUGUGGCGAGUCGUUUGACAGCUCGCGGGGGUUGCGGCAGCACCGGCGGGCUCAUGGCAGCAAGUCGCUGCUCCCACUGCGGCAAGAGUUUUAAGAGCGCACGGGGGCUGAGGGAACAUUAGCAGAUACACACCAGAGAGAGACCCUUUGAGUGCGCUGAGUGUGGCAAGGGUUUCACCCGCAUGUCCAGCCUGUGGCAGCACCGGCGUACCCACAGUGGUGAGCGCCCCUCCCCCUGCCUGUCCUGUGGUAAAGGCUUCACCCGCCUUGACCACCUGUUGGAGCACUGGCGAGUCCACACCAGCCAGCGCCUCUUUUCCUGCCCGCUCUGUGGCAAGGCCUUUGCCCGCUCCUCCAGCCUGCUGGCACACCGUAAUGUGGAUAGGCGCUGUUUAGGUAGACACAAAAUGCUGGAAGGAAUGGGUACCUCUUCAGUCUCGACCCAAAACGUCACCCAUUCCUUCUCUCCCGAGAUGCGGCCUGUUAUUCCAGCAUUUUGUGUCUAUUUUUGUGCACCAGCAUCUACAGUUCGUCAGUCUAAAGAAGGGUCCUGACCCAAAAUGUCACCUUUCCAUGUUCUCCACAGAUACUGCCUGACCCGCUGAUGUACUCCAGUACUCUGUGAAACGUCACCUUUCCAUGUUCUCCACAGAUGCUCCCUGACCCGCCAAGUUACUGCAGCACUUCGUGUUCGAGUCAUACAGUGUGGAUACAGGCCCUUCGGCCCAACUGGCCCACACCUAUCAACAUGUCCCAGCUACACUAGUCUAACCUGCCUGCGUUUGGUACAUAUCCCUCCAAACUUUUACUAUCCGUGUACCUGACUAAGUGUUUCUUAAAAUUUGGGAUAGUCCCAGCCUCACCUACCUCCUCUGGCUGCUCGUUCCAUACACACACCAGCCUUUGUGUGAAAAAGUUACCUCUCAGAUUCCUAUUAAAUCUUUUCCCCUUCACCUUGAAUCCAUGUCCUCUGGUUCUCGAUUCCCAUACUCUGGGCAACAGAUUCUGUGCAUCUAACUAAAUUGUAUUUGAUGCAAGAUUCCAACAUCUGCAGUUUCUUGUGUCUCCCUCACCUAUAUCCACCUAUCACUUCUGAAUAAGGGUCUCAACCUGCAACGCCACUCAUUCUUCCCUCUGGAGAUGCUAUGUGUCCCGCUGAGUUACUCCAGCAUUUCACCCUACACUUGCGCUCGGUCCACCAAGGCCUGCUGGAUCUCCCUGUUGCCAACCAUUUUAACUCCCCUUCCCACUCCCACACUGAUCUUUCUGUCCUGGGCCUCCUCCAUUGCCAGAGUGAGGUGACACGCAAACUGGAGGAACAGCACCUCACAUCUUAAAGCCCAAUAACAUGGUCACCGAAUACUCCAAAUUAAGGAGAUUACCCCCCUCCACCCUAAUCAAGUCCUGCAGUGUGUCCAUCUCUUUUUUCCAGCUUUCUCCCCUGACUCCAUCAGUCUAAAGAAGGGUCCAGACCUGACACGUCACCUGUUCAUUCCCCUCCAAAGUGCCGGUAGAACUCAGCAGGUCGGCCAUCCGUGGUGGGAAACGGAUGGAGGUGUUCCUAAUAUAAGCCCUCCUUGGCCCAGUUGAGAAUACGGUUCCAUUCUUUGGAUGGGAAGCAAGGUCCGAGCUGAUCAGUCAUCAACACCCUCCAUCGUGACCCAUCUGUUCGUCAUUCCAUUGUCUUCUUC